CCUAACAGCAAACAGCGCCUGACAGGGGGUUUUAUUUUGGCGUUGGUUGUGAACAGACAGCAGCAGGUGAAGGACAGUUGCAGCUACAGAAGGGAUAAUGGCAGCAACAGCCUGCAGAAGGGAGAACGGCAUCAGCAGCCUGGAGAAGGCAGAACUGCAGCAGCAGCUUGCAGAAAGUAGCAGCAUGCCUCCCAUUUGGUUGUGUUGAAUGAAACUUCUUUUUUGAUAAUUUGGUG